UCUAUCUAUCUAUCUAUAAAUCUAUCCUUCUUCCCAGCCUUCCUUGUUUCUCCUACAAUCGCCAUUACCGACAACCACAAAUCGUCGGGGUUUGUGGUAAACUGAGGAUUAUAUUUCUACCACAUUGUUCUUCGAUUCGACUUGUCUCUGCCUAGAUCUGCUAUAAACUCGAAAACAAAAGGUAAAGGAUGAAGGCACUCAUUCUUGUUGGAGGGUUUGGCACUAGACUGAGGCCACUGACACUGAGUGUGCCUAAGCCGCUCGUUGAUUUUGCUAACAAGCCCAUGAUUUUGCACCAGAUAGAAGCCCUCAAGGCUAUUGGAGUAACCGAAGUAGUCCUAGCCAUCAAUUAUCAGCCAGAGGUAAUGCUGAACUUUUUGAAAGAUUUUGAGGCGAAGCUUGAGAUUAAGAUCACAUGUUCACAAGAGACUGAACCUCUUGGAACAGCCGGUCCCCUUGCCUUGGCUAGGGACAAGCUGAUAGAUAAGUCUGGAGAGCCAUUUUUUGUUCUUAAUAGUGAUGUUAUCAGUGAGUACCCACUGAGAGAGAUGAUUGAGUUCCAUAAAUCCCAUGGAGGUGAAGCUUCUAUUAUGGUAACCAAGGUGGAUGAGCCUUCCAAAUACGGUGUUGUUGUUACAGAGGAAUCUACUGGGAAGGUUGAGAGGUUUGUCGAGAAGCCAAAGUUAUUUGUGGGUAACAAGAUCAAUGCUGGCAUUUACCUUCUGAACCCUUCAGUGCUCGAUCGUAUACAAUUACGCCCCACAUCAAUCGAGAAGGAGGUUUUCCCUGAAAUUGCUGCUGAGGGAAAACUGUAUGCAAUGGUCUUGCCAGGUUUCUGGAUGGACAUCGGGCAGCCAAGGGAUUACAUCACUGGUCUAAGACUUUACCUGGACUCAUUAAGGAAGAAAGCUUCCCCUAAAUUGGCCGCUGGAACUCAUAUAAUCGGAAACGUCUUAGUGGAUGAAACUGCAAAAAUCGGGGAGGGAUGCUUGAUUGGCCCUGACGUUGCAAUUGGCCCCGGUUGUGUGGUCGAGCCGGGUGUGAGACUGUCUCGCUGCACAGUCAUGCGCGGAGUCCGCAUCAAGAAACACGCCUGCAUAUCAUCAAGUAUCAUAGGCUGGCAUUCGACUGUUGGUCAGUGGGCUCGGGUGGAGAACAUGACCAUUCUCGGAGAAGAUGUUCAUGUUUGCGACGAAAUAUACAGCAAUGGAGGAGUUGUUUUGCCUCACAAGGAGAUCAAGUCCAGCAUUUUGAAACCUGAGAUAGUAAUGUAAUGGUCUGCUGUUAACAAACGUGGUAAGUAAUUUAAUAUAUACUCUCUCCGACUCUCUUUAUCAAUGUGUUUCUUGUUGUCUCUCUUUAACCUUGUAAUUGUAAAAGUCCGUCGCUGCCUAAAGAUGGUCUCUGAUGUGAAAUUUGUUUUCAUUAUUGUCUAUGAAGACAAGCAAUCUGUAUUCUCUAAGAUACAUUUUUGUAGAUUAUCAUCUCUUGAAGUUUAAGCAGCUUCCAAAUUGUUGGCUGUAAUUUUUUUA